AGACUCACGAAGACUACUCGCUUCAACAUGGAUGAAAUUCUACCAGACAAAAAGAACGUGCAGGCAGCCCGGGACUUGGUCUCCGAUGAAGGCACUGGAAAGGUCAUUGCCCUGGAGGACAGUGAAGUAGAGCAGUUCUAUGGCUCUUCUACCACUCAUGCCUACCGCCUCAAAUCCGAAUUGGUGGGCAAGUGUAUGGAAGAAAUUGGCAUGGGAAAAUUCCAAUGGAAAUUGUUCGUGGUGACUGGGUUUGGAUGGAUAGUUGACAACUUUGCUUCUCAAGGCAUUGGCAGCGUCCAGCCUCCGAUUGAGCAAGAAUUCUCCGACAUAGUUCACGUCAGCUAUAGUUCAGUUGCGUAUUAUGUUGGCCUUAUCCUGGGUGCAUCGUUCUGGGGAAUCUCGAGCGACCUCAUCGGCCGUCGCCCUGCAUUCAACUGUACACUUCUUAUAGCUGGUGUGUUUUUCUGUGCGGUCGCCGGCUCGAUGAACUUUAUCGCUUUCAGUGCCAUGUGGGCAGUCAUUGGUACGGCGGCAGGCGGGAAUGUACCGGUAGACUCGAUGAUAUUCUUGGAAUUUGUUCCGGGGAGUCACCAAUAUCUCCUUACUGCGCUCUCUGCAUGGUGGAACCUGGGUCAACUUGUUGUGUCCCUCAUUACAUGGGUUUUCUUGGCCAAUUACAGCUGCCCGACGGAUGCAACGCCGGCGACUUGCCCUCGCCAGAGCAACAUGGGAUGGAGAUAUACUAUGAUCACUCUGGGUGCGAUGGCGCUUGCUUUCACGUUCAUUCGUAUGUUCUUGUUCAAGAUCCCCGAGACUCCACGUUUUCUCCUCUCCCAGGGGCGGGAUGAAGACGCCGUGGAUGCUGUGAACUAUGUUGCCCGACAGAAUGGCAAACCAGAGCCUUUGACUAUCGGAAUGUUUCGUGAGAUCGAUGCCCGGCUGGGUGUAGCUUCCAAUGAGAAAGAAGGGCGUUCACAUUUGUCAACCAAGGAAAUUAUCUCUGAAAACAUGCAGGCCUUCAGAGGAGAGCAUUAUCGAGCUCUAUUUGCCACUCGCAAGCUUUCUAUACAUACCAUCAUCAUUUGGACGAUAUGGUUAACGAUUGGCAUCGGAUAUCCUCUAUACUUCAACUUCCUUCCGUCAUACCUGGCUACCAAGUUUACUGAAAACUCUUCGCUUGAUCUGACGUAUCGGAAUUACUGCAUCACGUCGGCUGUUGGAAUAGUGGGCCCAUUAUCCGCCGCCGUGGCGGUAAAUACAAAGUUGGGACGCCGGUAUAUGAUGGGAAUCUCAGCCGUGGUCACAGCAGUGUUUCUUUUCGCCUAUGUGGGAGUCAACAACUCCGCCGCCAGUUUAGCUUUCUCCUGCGUGACAAGUCUCCUGGGUAAUUUUGAAUAUGCCAUCAUGUAUGCCUUCACCCCUGAGUCAUUCCCGGCACCGCAUCGCGGUACGGGGACUGGCACAGCUGCGGCUCUUUUACGACUUGGUGGUUUAGUGGCUAGUUUGAUUUCGUCCCAGACGGGGUUUACCAGUGCGCCAAUCUAUGUCAGUGCCGCGCUGUGGGUAGCAGUUGGUUUACUCUGCAUUGGGCUGCCAUUCGAGACGCAUGGACACAAUGCAUUGUAA